AUGAAUACGAAGUUGGCGCUUCUUCUACUCGGCUCGAUCGGCAUGGCACUGUGCCGCGAGUCGAGCGGAUACGGCCUCGGAGAUGCGGUCUACGGCGGCUACAGCAGCGGUGAAUCCAGUGGUGAAGCGAGCGGCUACGCUAGCGGGGAAUCAAGCGGUCAAGCAAGCGCCUAUGGCACCAGCGUGUCCGGCGAUCAAGGAAGCGGAUCCAGCGGCGAGUCGAGUGGCCAAGGACACAACUUCGAUGACGGUGAGGGCAGCGGGCUCAGCUCGGGCGAAAUCCUGCAAGACGACCUGAUCGUCGGCCCGGAUGGCUCUCGCAUCGAGCGCCUGUUCAUCAAGGAAGACGGCAGCGGCCAUUCCGUUGAAGGCAGCUUCGACCCGCUCGACAGGAUCAUCGAAGAUGUCCGCAUCCACGGUUCCAAUGGCAAGGAUAUUCGUCGUGUGCAGCUCGUUCAACCCGGUGUCGGCCAGACCCGUGGGCGCGGCAGCGGAGAAUCAAGUGGUGAAGCAAGCGGAUCCAGCGGCGAGUCGAGCGGCCAAGGAAACGAUGACGGUGAAGGCAGCGGGCUCAGCUCGGGAGAAAUCCUGCAAGACGACCUGAUCGUCGGCCCGGAUGGCUCGCACAUCGAGCGUCUGUUCAUCAAAGAAGACGGCAGUGGCCAUUCCGUUGAAGGCAGCUUUGACCCGCUCGACAGGAUCGUCGAAGAUGUCCGCAUCCACGGUUCCAAUGGCAAGGACAUUCGCCGUGUUCAGCUCGUCCAACCCGGCGUCAGCCAGACCCGUGAGCGCGACAACGGGGAAUCAAGCGGUGAAGGAAGUGGAUCCAGCGGCGAGUCGAGUGGCCAGGGAAACGACAACGAUGACGGUGAAGGCAGCGGGCUCAGCUCGGGCGAAAUUCUCCAAGACGACCUGAUCGUCGGCCCGGAUGGAUCACGCAUCGAGCGCCUGUUCAUCAAGGAAGACGGCAGCGGCCAUUCCGUUGAAGGCAGCUUCGACCCGCUCGACAGGAUCAUUGAAGAUGUCCGCAUCCACGGCUCCAAUGGCAAGGAUAUUCGCCGUGUCCAGCUCGUUCAACCCGGCGUCAGCCACACUCGUGCCGCCCGCAGCGCCCCCGUCCAGGAAGAAAAUCUGACCGAUGGUUCUGGUGAAGACAAGGAGUGUGUGGCCGCCGCCGCUUGCGAAUCUGCUGGCGACUGCAAUGGUGGAAGCUGCGUGGGAUUCUUCCCUGGAAAGUGCGACUGCAGCGCUUGCAUCACUGGCUUGCCCUGCAAGGAUGACUCUGCUUGCGGAGGUCUCAAGGACUCGUGCGACACCACGAUCAAGAUUUGCCGUUGCGCUGAGGCAUUCGCCAAGCACGGCUUCCCCUCUCUCGGCAUGGCCUUCGGCGAGCUGUGCAACGUCAAGACGUGCGAGGCCGGCGACUGCCUCGGGCUGCCAUGCAACAAGGGACUCUGCGCCUGCACCCCGAAAGCCAAC